GUCUGGGUCUGCAUUGUGUCUGUGGGUGAAGUCAGACUGAGUCUACAAAACGUAAACCCCGAUUGUUUGUCCUGGACUACUUUCAAAACAAGCUGCGACAUGGAGGUCAGCGCCGAGGCCAAGAGGAUCAUGAUCGUUGCUUUGGGGAAAUUGUACAGCUCCCGCACCCAGCGAGGGGGUCUCCGUCUCCACCGGAGCCUCCUCCUGACCCUGGUGAUGAAAUCCGCCCGGGACAUGUACCAUGCGGCCCAGGCGACGACAGGAAGUGUUGCAUCGGGAUGUGAACAGCAACACUACACGGCUGAGCCUCACCCGGAGCUCCAGGGUCCCGCUUAUCCUGCCACCGGAAAGCCUCGGAUUUCACCCCGAGAGGAGGUCGUAGGUCCCCCCACCGGCGCAGAGGACAAGGAGAACCUGUGCCCGACCGGCCCGGCGCAGCACUCGAGGAAAAGACGGGGCAAAGCGGCCGUGGAGCCGGACUUUCUGCCGUGUAAGAAAGCAAAACUCGAGCAGGGAAGCUGCCCUCAGCAGCUCGCAGUAAAUCCACUUCUAAUGGACUACGCGAAGUGCAGCAGUGAGCUGGGAGCUCCCCCGACCCCCAUGCCUCUACAGAGAGCCAUCGCAGCGUGUUGAAACCCUGCGCCCGUUGAGGGCGAUGAACUUUUUCCCACACGGCCACAAAGCCUGAACGCGCCGCGCAGCGGGUUUGGGAGCUCCACCCGGGAUAAAGCGUCCCAAAGGUCCCAAGCGCGACUCUGAACCAGCUGGGGCGCGUUGGAGGAACCAAUAAGGAAGCAAUGAAGCAGUCGGAGCGUGGUGGUCCCGGUGACUCCUGGCCUAGUUGUUGGCCCCAGCUCUGGGACUGGCUUCAGCUGGUCAAAGGCGGAGCUGGGAGAACUGGCUCAUCCGGAUGAGGCCUUGAGCUGCUUUCACGGACUUUUACACAGGUCUGUUCAGGAAGCAGAUCUACUCAGCAAAUGCAACCUUGUGUGUUUUUGUCGACUGAAGAAGAGAAAUGUGUUGAUGAGUGAAGUGUGAAAAAUUCAAUGACAACUACCUCACUAUUUAUUAAACACUUUUGU